AUGUCUAGGACGCUGGAUGAAGCUCAGCCUCAAGAACAAGCUGGAUUCCGCCAAGGGUUCAGCUGCUUGGACCACAUCCAGACCGCUUCGAGGGUCAUAGGGGUUUGCCGGGAAUACCGCCUGCCCCUUGUUCUAACCUUCGUCGACUAUGAGAAAGCCUUGGACAGCGUAGAAACGAAUGCAAUACUGUCAGCACUGGUCGAUCAAGGUGUGGACGCGUCGUAUGUGAAGACAUUAGCCAAUUGCUACGAUCGAUGCACGACUAGGAUACAGCUUUUCCACCGCUCUCUCACCAUACCCAUUGGAAAGGGUGUACGACAAGUCGAUACUGUAUUGCCGAAGCUGUUCACGGCUGCAUUGCAAUGGAUAAUGAAAUCACUACCCUGGGGAGAAAGGGGCGUACCUGUUGAUGGAAGGUUUCUCUCGAACCUUCGUUUAGCUGACGACAUCGUUCUCUUUUUGAGCAGUACCAAUGAAGCAGAAAUGAUGCUCAACGAAUUGAACGAAGCAGGGAAGAGAAUAAGACUGCGAAUAAACAGAAAGAAGACACAGCUCAUGAACAACGCCUACUGCGAGGACGGAGGAAUACAACUUGAAGGCUCAGGAUUAGGAGGAGGCGAUUAA